CUGUAUAAAAGCCGUCAGUCACCGUCCAGGGAGCACGGAGGAAGCUCAAGCUCACAGGUGUAUCUGUCCAACAAUCAUGCAGGCUGUUGCUUUGAUCCUCGCUUUGGCAGUCAUCACAGGCUGCAAUGCCCGUGCUGUGCGCCAGGCUGAUGCCACCCCAAGCUGGGAGGACAGCGUAAACCGCUUCUGGCAGUAUGUGGCUGACCUGAACGAUAAAGCCGAGGGAGCUGUGAAAGACCUCAAGGCCUCUCAGCUCAGCAGGGAGCUAGACACUCUGAUCACUGACAGCAUGGCAGAGCUGACAGCAUACAGAGAUGAACUCCAGACCAAGCUAGCCCCCUACACUGAUGCCUCCACCGGCCAGCUGUCUCAGGACCUGCAGCUCCUGGCCAACAGGCUCCAGAAGGACAUGGUCGACGCCAAGGAGCGCAGCACCGAGUAUCUGGGUGAGCUCAAGACCAUGGUGGAGCAGAACAGUGACGACGUCCACGGCCGCAUCACCACCUACUCCAACAAGCUGAAGAAGCGCCUGAACAAGGACACAGAGGAGAUCCGCAACACUGUGGCCACCUACCUGGGUGAGCUCCAGUCCCGCACCAACCAGAACCUGGAUGCCAUGAGGGAACAGGUUGAGCCCUACGUCCAGCAGGCCAGUGACACCGCCAUCCAGAAGCUGAGUAACAUUUCAACCCAGCUCAUGAUCCAGGCUGAGGGCUUGGGCAAGCAGCUGGAAGACCAGGCUGAGGGCAUCAAGACCCAGCUGGAGGCCACCGCCCAGGACCUGCGCACCUCCCUGGAAGGCAAGAUCGACGAGCUGACACAGAUGCUCUCCCCCUACGCCACUCAGCUCCGUGAGCAGAUUGAGAACGUCAUGGAUAAGGUCAAGGAGACCACCACUUCUUAAAGACAGACUCUGAUUUCUUAUCACCCUGGCAAAGAGGGGGGAAGAGGGGGAGUUGAGAGUUACUGAUGAUAUCUUCAGUGGGGUGCUUUUUUGUUAAGGAUAAGAGGGUUGAUGAGCUGAAGGAGGGAGGAUGAGGUGUAUCUUUUACAGAGCAGUCAGCAGCUAAACGUCUGUUUGGGUUCUUCUGCACAGUCACCCUCUCUUCUCUUAUCAACUCCCUUCAUCACUGAACACAGGCACCCCAGUCAAUAACAGCCUUUAAUACACAAACAGGAGACAAUUAUUUGUAAUAUGCUUAGCUUUUCUACUUUUAAUCAACUGUUCUAGCUGCCUUUCCUCCCCAAAACGUUUUGUAUUGAAUUUUCUACAUUUUGUUUGGUUGUAAAUAUAACUGCUGAGCCUCAUAGGCAGGGAUCCAAGCCCAUAUCAUCCCUAAAUGCACCAAACACAAGUGUCUUUCAUUUCAAUAAAUGCACUGAAUAAUGCUGACGAUCAAACGAUACAUACAGUAACGUGUGCGUUUUUUAUUUCUAAAGGUGAACCACUAAAAUGCCCUUCUGUAUUGUUUGCAUUUCAUGUUGUGCUUCGCAGAGAAGUGGAAUGUAAAAUGACUCCAUGCAUUUCUGACAAGUGUAAUGCUGCCUGUCUGUUCUUCAGUCUCUCGUGAGUCACAUGUCAUAUGCCCACCAUGCUGCUCACUGUAAGUACACUGUCGGUGCGCUGAACAGUGCUGAGUGAAUAAAAAAAACCUAGAAAAAGAC